AUGGCAUCCCUUUUCAUUGACGAAGUUGAAGUUGUGGGCAUUAAGUCCCAUAAAGACAAAUUGAUAAACUGGUUGAUAGAAGGACCAUCUAAUUGCAUGGUGUUUUCAGUGGUCGGCCUUGGUGGCCUUGGGAAGACCACUCUUGUCAAGAAAGUAUAUGACAAUGAUAAGGUGGCACCACACUUUGAUUGUCAUGCUUGGACCACUGUGUCUCAAUCAUACAAGAUGGAGGAGCUAUUAAGGGAUACGAUCAAGCAAUUCUACAAGGCAAGGAAGGGGUUUGCUCCUAGGGAAAUUGAUAUAAUGAAAGUGCCAUCACUAAUUGAAGAAUUGAGGACCUAUUUACAUGAACAAAGGUAUUUAGUAAUUUUUGAUGAUAUAUGGGAUACAAGAUUAUGGGACCAUCUAAAAUUUGCAUUUUUGGAUAAUGACAGAGGCAAUAGAAUAAUAAUCACAACUCGAAAUGAGGAUGUUGCUCCUUCUAGCAAUGAAUCACUUCAUUAUUAUGUGUACAAGCUACCAUCUCUACCUUCUGAAAAUGCCUUGGAGCUUUUUUGCAAGAAGGCAUUCCAACGUGAAGGGGGGCAAUGUCCUCCAGAUUUUGUUGAGUUUUCUCAUGGCAUAGUUGAGAGAUGUGGAGGGUUACCGUUAGCAAUUGUAGCUAUGGGUGGUCUUUUUUCAACCAAAGCCAAGGUAGUCUCUCAGUGGAGCAAAGUUCUUGAUAGUCUUAGUUCAGAGUUUGAGACUAAUUUACGUCUUAGAAGUAUCACUAGAAUUCUAUCUUUUAGUUAUCAUGAUCUACCUUACAACCUCAAAGCGUGUUUGUUAUAUUUUGGAAUGUUUCCAGAGGAUUGCGUCAUUAAUUGUGCAAGACUAACUCGACUAUGGAUAGCUGAAGGAUUUGUCAAAGAAAAGAAAGGGCUGACAUUGGAAGACAUUGCACAAAACUACUUGAACCAGCUUAUUCACAUAAGCUUGGUUCAAGUGGAUGAGGAAGAUUUUAUUGGGAGAAUUCGACGUUGUCGAGUUCAUGAUAUGAUACAUGAGGUCAUUCUUUCAAGAGAAUUGCUCGACGCCUCUCAAUUCAGAACAAUUUGA